AUGGCGACUACCAUUGGUCCCGACAUGCCUCACGAUGGUCGUGUCCACAACCCACGCCAUCUUUCGAUUCCUAUUCAUGGAGGCAACCUAGUCCUCGGAGACCCUCUGGACACGCCCGAGUUGUCUCCUCGCUCCCACGCCCCACCACCAAACCCGCCAUUCGUUUUCCCGCCGAGGCCAAUGUCUGCUUCCGCACCAUCCUCAUACUCCCGCGCCACCGGCAGGCGGCCGAGGUCUGCAAUCGAGCCAGGCCUGGCCGCGCUCAGCGCCAACAGUAGCGACGACACACCAUCACAGGGCUCGUCCGCCCUACCCGCAUUCUCGUUCAACCCUGGCGCAAGCCUCGCCUCGACAACCGCCACACUUCUGCCCGCCCACGACUGCCUAACCGCCCCGUCUCCUCAGCAGUCGCCGCGGCCCUCUCCCGCGAGAGGGACUCAUAGGCGUGGAGGAAGUGAGUUUGUUGGUGGUGAAUACCGAUCCGGCAACGCGAGAAUGGAGGUCUUGAGCUCGAGUCCAACAAAAUCAGGAAGCGCGACCACCUCGCCCCAACUGCGACCAGUCGAGCCAACCCGGCGAGGGCCUGCUCAUCGCCAUGCCCACCGUCGGUCUGCGGCCAUGUCCAGUCAUGACCUCAGCAGCAUAACCGGGCUUAAUCUCCCCAAGAACUCGAGUGAUGUCUCCCGGGGAAGCAGUGCCCCGUCGAGCCCAUCUGGGCCAGAGCUUAACAAACAUUUCUCAUUCCCCAUUCUACGUCCUGAUGAUAUCACACAAGAAGCAGAAGACACAGUUGGUGGCAACAGGCCCCAAAGUGCAGGACUGGACCCAACUCAAGGCUUCCCCAGGCUCGCCGCCGCGCCAACCCAGAGGAAGUCGUUUAGCAGGGCCAGAGUCGGCUUUUCGGAUACCCUCGAGUUCAUACCGCGGCCACUUUCCCUUGUCUCCAGCGACACCUCGAGUACCGUGACAGUCCGGCCUGAGAAGGAUGAAUCUCUGGCGCCUCUUGAGGCCACCCCAUCACAAGUCGCCGAGUCUGAAUCCAGACCGAGCACGGCUGGUCCGGUGCUUGAGAGCACACCGACGUCUCCACAGGAAGGCGCGUCCCGCACUGGUCCAAAGAGGCGAGGUUCUCUGCCCCUGCUUUCUGGAAUCCCCCUUCCCUCGCCUGACAACUCAGCGUCUCCUGAUCCUAGCCCGACAAAGAUCGCAAAGAGAUGGUCUUUCUUCGGACUCGAUCAAUUCUCUGGAUCCCAUUCACCGUCAAAAUCUCGGCCUGUCAGCCUAAACUCCUGCGAGGUUUCAAGGACAGAUUUGCCUUUGUCGAUACCUUACGAGGAAGUGGCAACGGCAGAAGGCGCGGCGCCAAGGGCGAGCAAGAAGUCGAGCAAGAAACAGAAGAAGGUUAAGACCUGGGCAGGCUCAAUACUAACCAAGAGGCCAAAGGGUCGCCGAAGCAAGAGCAAGAAAGCCAGUCGCCGGGGUCCAACGCCUCCGCCAAGCCGUCCAGGGUACGAGGAUGAGGAAGACACGGCCUCAGAUUCUGCGGAUACAAAGAGCGAGCCGUCGAUGCCCACUGUGAUGAUAGAAGAGCUGGACCAGGACCAGGAAGGAACGGAGGCUUGGAAGCCACCCAGACCUGUUACGGAGGAAGACACAUCCUACCCUGUGAUCGACCUUGAUGCGGCGCUGGGGCCUUUCAACACUCCUUUGCCACGAAAUCCGGAAUGGGAAGCAGCCCAGAAAGCUGGUGGGCUGGCGAAACGGCAACUGCACAGUGCUGCGGGGCUGAGUAGGUUCACUGGACCCGGAAUGCAUUACGCUCACCACCAGCGAGCUCAGAGCUCCCCUGAGAUGCCUCCAUUUGAGUUUCGCCGCGGAAUCCACCGAUUCGGUAGCAGCUCCACGAUGGCAGAUGUCUUUGAGGAAGAGGAGGAAUAUUACGAGGACUCCGACAACUCUGGCUCGUCAACACCCCAACCCGAGUCGACCGGCCCCAAGGACAGCGAGACUUCGAGUGUCAGUGGCUUUUUCUCAGCACGCAGCUCGGCGGAGAGAUUAGGAGCAGACGGUCGAAGCUCCGAUGCUUCGCUUGUAGCCAAGCGGAAGGCCAGCGAUCCCGAAGAUGGCAGGUCUCAACGCACGGCAAGCAUGAAGUCAAGAACUUCGCUGAGUUCUCUGCAAGAGCAAGUAAUCGAAGAAGAACCCCCUGCUCUUCCAACACAAUUCAGGACCGUGGAAUUUGGACGCCCGGCGCAGAUCAAAGCUCCGGAUUCGCCCAUGUCUUCGCCAGUUAGCCCAAGAGCUCCAAUGGACGGCAGCUCGUCUUCACACACGACUUCGUCCUCCCUGGCGCCAGUCAGCCCUUACUCGUCGGUCACCCAGUCGUCCUCUUUCCCAUCGCCGCGUUCGCCUGUUUCGUGCGAUGCGAACAUCAUCUCCACCGCACCAUCGUCAGUGACAGACGAUAGCUUCCAGUCACUGCUCAUGGGAGAGCCUGGUCCUGAAGUUCGAAAAUCCAUGGAUGUCCCCUCCAUUUCCAGCAGCCACUCCAACCAGCCGAGAGACAGUCUGUUCGCUCAACAGGCCGCCUACAUGAACCGCCCUCCAGCACCUGGCGAGCGCCCGGCAUCUUUCAGUGCGAUGGCAUUUGGUGGCCGACGAGGCAGCCUGGCGAGCCUUGGCCGUCUGAUCAGCAGCUCCCAUGGGGAGCGCAGCAAGCUGUCGACGGAAGUCUUCAGCGGCGAGUCCGAGAAGAAGCUGAAGGGCAGCAAGUCCAGGCGGUUCAGCAAGAUGAUGCAGUUCUGGAAGCCGAAAGAGAACGCACAGGCAUGA